CAUGUACCCGACGCUGUGCAAGCCGCAGACGCUCGACAUUGAGCGCCGUCGUGUCGUGCUCAGCGAGCGCGAGUACAAGAGCGUGCGCUACCACGAGCCAAUGGCGGGCAAGUCCAAGCACGGCAUGGCGUUCUACCUCGUUGCCAUUGGCCGCAGUAAGAUCUACUUGUUUGACCUGCAAAAAACCACCUCGCGCCCGAUCGUUCUGCCCAUGAACGCCAUCACGUCGCUUGCCAAGGUCAUUCCAACCAAGUUUGGGUCCGAGCGGCAAAUUCUGCUCUGCGACGACAGCGAGUUGUAUGCGCUUACGCUCCGCGACGACGUUGGCAAGGCUCCGUCCACCUACUACUUGGCAUCGUUCGAAGCAGCGUCCAAGGCCUUUGUCUACCUCGAUCAAAGCUGGGCGGCGUACCUCGAGCGGUGCGUGCUCUCGCCCAAGAAGCUGACGACGUCGUCGUCUCAAACCACGCUACUCUUUCACGCGAUUGUGGCCGAGUUUGCCGACACGAGCGAUAUCAUCCUUCGGCAGAGGCUCUUGCUGGAGCUCAGUCAGUCAGCCGUGGACGCCGUGCUACUGAAGCGCCUCUUCUUCAAUGAAGACACCAUGUUUCGUUCCGGUGACGCAUUAUGUCAUGGUUUGCCGUCGCUCCUGUUGCAUCUUUUGAGGCAGCUCAACGACCGCAGCGCAAGCGAUCUCCCCCGCGUUGCCCAGCUCGAGUUUGUCCUCGCCUUGCUCGGCUGCUAUCACGCCAUGGUGUUCGACAGCCACACACUGGUGGAACGCCAGACAUUUCUCAAACGCUGUGGUCACUCGUUUUGUGACGUGGCGGCUGUCUUUGCGCUCAACUAUACCAAAGGCGAAGCUGACACAGCGUUGUCCGAGCACGACAAGACAAUAGCACGGACGCUGCGAAUGCGCAUCAUCGAGACGCAAGCCGCGAUCUUGUUGCAGCUCUACGCCUUUCACCACGAACUGAUCGAGUGCUUUCCCGAUACCUCGCUGGCGCCGACGACAGUGCAUUUUUUCGAUUUGAUGGUCGCGGCACCGACGUACCACAAGUGGUUUCAGCGAGCGAUGACGCGGGCGGGUCUCCUCUAUGCCGCGACGGAGAAUGAUAAGACGCUCGACGCCCUGCGACUUUAUUGGCUCGUCUCAGUCAUCUACCUCACGUUGGCAAGCAACUACCGCGUUCGAGCAUGGAUCUGCGACGACUGCUUCGACACCUACACGCUCUUGUGGUGCAGCCCGGGGUCGCUCGCACGCUGGACAAAGAACGAGACCAACGUCUUUGCAACGCGUGCGGCCACCCACAUUCAACACAUUUUACGGGCUUGUGCAGAGUCGUGAGUUAGGACGAGAGCGCUGCUUUCAUAUUUGAUGCCGUCAAAACUUGUAGCGCAGUUACCUUAUUCGUCAAGGUUUGAUGGCCAACUUGAUGGCCAACUUGAACCCCA